GGACCAAGAUCUUCACAACGCACCCUGACGUCUGCACUGGUCUCCUGAACCACUCACAGACGGUGAAACCUGCUGUAAGCUGCCCAUCAUUGUCACCAUCAAUGACACUAACGAUGACAUCGACGUUCUCUCUUCUGGCUCUGGUCGUUCUCUUAGGAUGUGCACAUUCGCUGCCUGCUGAAAACAGAGAAUCUGUGAUAGAGAUUGCACAAGCACCAAACGCACCUGAUGACCUCUUCAUCUCAACCCUGAGAAACGUCGAGCGCAAUGCCAUCUACCACGACUGGAAAAAUAAACUGAGUGUGCUGAAGGACGUCUACCAAGAGGCCUGCUUCAUCGUUGACCUGGACACCGACUUCUACCUGAGUGGCCAGGAGAGAGCUCAGAUCAUGAGCACUUUCUUUCCUGAUUCUGACAUGGUCAGCUUCCCGUCCAGAGUGGGCCCCUUCGUGGAAGCUUUGUGUCAGGGAGCAAAGGUUUUCUGGCCCAGACUGAACCCUCCUGCCCUCCAGCCUCGACCAGCUAUCAACUCGCCCUCCACCAUCAAUGGGGUCAACGUGCCCCUCCGGUCAGCGUGUACAGAGCCCAGCAAGCGGUUGCCCCUCCCCCGGUCAACAUCUACAGACAACAACAGCAGGCCAAGUCCCCCGUGGUAGCCCCACCCCCAAUCAACGUCUACCUGGCCAAUCAGGCCGCUCAGCAGAAGGUCGUCAACACUCCUCCACCCCUUCUAUCUACCUGGCCCAGAAUGCUCUGCCUUAGAUGAUCUGAUGAUCUUCCUCACCUGCAGGACCGCGUUGAUGUAACCUUGUCGAUUGAAAGAGAGACCACGUUUAGGCUCUGUUACUUACAAAUUACUGAAUUACUAUACUACAACCCUCUGAGUCACAUAUAAUAAAUUAAUCAUAAAACUACGAAUGACAUAAUGUGUGAGUGAAUUAAUGGUUGAAAUGAUUUGAAAGGGAGACAAACGCAAACUGCGUGGUCAUACCUGUGUCAAUUUUCCUCUAAAACUUAUAUUAGUUCAUAACCGAAAGUACUAUACUUUGUCAAUGAGAAGAUAAGACACUCAAUAAAAGUAGGUUUCAUGCUUGGUAUUGACAAUAAACACAGCUUAUUAUAAUUUC